AUGUCGUCCAUCACGCCGCCCAAAGAUGGGUUCAAUUGCCUAGGCGAUCGCAACGGCUACAACCGCGGUCGCUGCUGCCAGUCGGCGUACGGCAAGCUACGCGCAGGCACAAUGUUCCAGUGCAUCUACUGCUUGACGUACGCGAUCCAACCGUCUCCGCCGCCGUCGUGGCGUAAGCGCCGUUAA